AUGCCCGCCGGUACAUGGCCGGCCGCCGCCGCAGCCACCUCCGCCCCGGUGUCCGCCGCGGUGUGCGCGGCCAUGCGAAAGCUCGGCGGUCUCCUCCCCCGCGCGCACCGCCCGCACUCCACCACGGCGACCCCGGACGCCGCCGCCGCCGUCGCACCGACGUCGUCGCACACCCUCCACGACUACAACCGCCUCCUGGCGGCGCUCGCGCGGGACGGCGACGGCGACGCGGCGCUCCACGUGCUCCGCCGCAUGCGCCUCUCGUCGCCCGCGUGCGCGCCCACCGCCGCCUCCUACUCCUCGGCCAUGUCGGCGCUCGCCAAGGCCGGCCGCGCCGCCGACGCCGCGUCCCUCUUCGACGACAUGCUCGCCAACGGCGUCGCCCCUGACCGCGCCGUCUUCUCCCUCCUCCUCCACGUCUACUCCUCCCACCUCCACCUUCCCGCCGCCGCGCACUCCGUUCUCCUCUGGAUGACCGAACUCGGCCUCCCGCCGACCCCCAUCGACUACACCGAUCUCAUAUUCUCCUUCUGCCGCGCCGGCCGCCUCGACAACGCCCUCCAGCUGCUCGACGAAAUGCGCGCCCUCAAUCACCCACUGACACCACAUACAUUCGCGCCGAUCCUCAAGGCAGUCUUCGAUAAUGCCGACAUCCAGGCAGCUGACGAACUCAUAAGCUCCAUGCGUUCCUCUGGUUGCCUCCCUGAUGUCGUCAUCUACAAUAUAUACAUCGAGGGGUUGUAUAAGAUUGGGGAUUUUGACGCUGUCGAGAGGGUUAUUUAUGAGAGUGACCGGAGUGGGUGGGAACCAGAUGCAGUGACAUACAGCACCUACAUUGUUGGGCUUUGCCGCUCUGGAUACAGCAAGGAGGUCCUGGAGCGGUGCCAAGAGCUGGGCUUUGUGGUCGAUGUCAUGACAUACAACACAGUCAUGGAUCAUUUCUGCAAGAAAGGGAAGUGGCUGCAUGUCCUAAAGUUGUUCACGGAUCUGCUCAAGAAACCAAUAACACCCAAUGUGCAGACAUACAACAUUUUGAUUUCAUGCCUAUGCCGAGCUGGCAAGUUUCAGUUUGCCAAAUAUGUGUUCAGCAGCAAGGGGUUCGUGCCAGACACUGUGACUUGUAACAUUCUGUUCCAUGAGUUCUAUGAGGACGGAAAGGAAGGUGAGCUUGGUUUUUUGUUCGCUGAUGUGAAUGCUGGGAAGAUUGCCCCAGAUACCACCACAUACAAUACACUGGUUGAUUGUCUCUUUAGGUCUGGGAGGAGGUCGCAAGCUGCCAAUUUUGUUAGGCGUAUCAAUGGUGGCUACCCUGCGGCCAUUUGA